CUUUUUACUGGAGAAACAUCAAGUUUUCUUCAAAAUGUGGAUUUCAGACCAUGUGAAUUGGAAGGGCAGAAAGCUAACUCUGCCCUGGAGAUGUGUCAGUGGACUGCCAAGCUAGUCCAAAGCAUUUCUACGGUAUCAUCACCCUGUGGUUACUCUCUUUCCAUUGCCAGAAUCACUGCAGCAAUCAGACUGCAGCACUUGAGGGAUUGUGAGGAGUGGGAAGCUUCCUAUGGCUGCUGACAAGGUGCCUUGUGAGGCAGAGUCCCUGCCCUGCUGGUGCCCAGCAGUGAUCGUGGAAGAUGAUCCCAACAUCACUGCAGCACACACCAAAAAGCAGCUGAGCUACAGUGGCACUGAUAAAGCUCUGUCAAGUUCUAGGCAACUGACAUCAAAGGAAGAUGUGUACCAGUGGUUUGCUGCUAAAAGAAAAAGGGAGAAAAUAAGCAGACACUUGGAAAACAUGAGUGAAGGGAUGCUUAUUUAAUCUAAAUGAAAUACAAGAAAAAUACUGAGUGAAAUCCUCAAGAAAAAAAAAAAUACGGUGAAAAAGACAAAGAUUAAGCUGUUCUACUUUUCCCCAACAGAAAGGAUUAGAAAUAAUAGAUUUAACUUGAAACAAUGAAGAUGGAGGUCAAACAAUUAGACAAGUUUUUAUGUGGAUAUGUAAUUAUCCUGGGAGACUUGGUCUCUGUCAGCGGUGUCUGGGAAAAGGCUCAACCCCUUUGCAUCCCUCGAAAGUCUUGUUUUCUAUAGCAGUUACACUGUUUGGUUCAUGGCUUUAUUGUUGGGUUUGUUUGGCAUUUCCUUUUAACCUCAUUUUCUACUUUAAUGGUAAAAGAAGAAAGUGGCCAAACAAGUAGUGCAGACUUCUGAUAUUUUAGGAAAUUAUUAUCAUCCUCAUUGUUCAUUUUAGGGAGAAGAUUAAAACCCAGAUGUGAGAGGAUAUUUUGGGACCUGAUUCUUGUUGAUAGUUUUAAAAGUUGAACAUCCAAUACUUGAAUAGAUUUAGCACGUAAAAUGAUUUGCACAAAAUCCUGCACAAAAUCCCCAAGAGGACUGGUAAUUCAACAAAUCUGCUGAUCCUCAGUUCAAGUCUGUUGUCACAAAACCACGUGGAUAAAGUCUGUAAUAGCGUUUCCUUCCUAGCUCCUUGGGGCGAGGACAGAAUUUCCCAUUUUUAUUAAUGUGCUGCAUAUGUUGGCCUGAUGUUAAGUAUUAAAUAUCCUUUUUCCAGACUUUGUUUCAACUUCGUGAUGUCUUCCCCUGAAAUCGCUUCCCUUUCUUGGGGUCAGAUGAAGGUGAAAGGCUGCUCUACAACAUAUAAGGACUGCAAAGUAUGGCCGGGAGGAAGUCGGACGUGGGAUUGGCGAGAAACCGGGACUAAUCAUUCUCCAGGAGUGCAGCCAGCUGACCUUGAAGAAGUCGUCAAGAAGGGUGUUAAAACUAUGGUGAUUGGUCGUGGCAUGAGUGAGGCUUUGCAGGUUCCAGCAUCCACCGUGGACUAUCUGAAGAAGAACGGGAUUGAUGUGCUGGUGCUGCAAACGGAGAAGGCUGUGGCGGAGUACAAUGCCCUGGCCGCUCAGGGUGUCAAAGUGGGCGGGGUCUUCCAUUCCACCUGCUGAAGCGCAGCUCAUUCCGCCUUCCCGACCCGCAGCCAAAUCACGGACACACCUCUGCUGAAUCAAAUUGCAAUCAGCAGAGGGUGAGCUUAAGUGCCAAGGCAUUUGUGCACUGACAAUCUAAAAUGCAAAGACAGUUUAUUAGUUCAGGAUUUAAACAAAUCGAGGGCUCACAAAAGGCGGGGCUGUUAAUGUAAUUAAAUUGUUCAGUUACAGAAUCAUUUCCAUCUAUUGUUGAUAUUGACCUAAUUUUCCUCUGAAGGCUGUCCAUAGUCUUGUUACUUAAUUUUUCACCUGUUGACUAAAUCAGGAGAUUAUGUUUUAAAUACUUUUAUUAUAAAAUGGCCCAAAAUUACAUUACUGGCUACUGGAAUGCAGCCAUAAAAUAGCUGAUGAGCACAAACAAAUGGUAGAUAUGAAGUAGAUAUAUAAAGAAGCACUUUACCACUACUGGAUAAAUAAGUUAAAAAUAAAAUAAAUUAAAAAGCAAGCCCAGAACAUACAACUUUAUCUCCUGCAGGUGAUCUCAGUCAGGGUAUUUUCCAAUUUAUGAACAUCACAUAAUAGAGCACUUUUAAAUUUUUCAUUGAGCCUGAAGAAGGGGAAAAUGUCAUCAGGGUAUAAGCAUAAAACCUGUGCCUUGAAGAAUUUUAUUAUUAAUUGCUAGUUGUGAGGAUUUAGUUGUCUAAUACAUAUCUAUUCAGAAGUUCUUACAUGCUUAAAAUCAUCAGAAAGGUGUGUUACAAAACUAGAGUUUGCAGCAUAAAAAAUUGAUCUUUAAAUCAGUCUGAAUUGCUGCUGGCAAGCUGGGGAUGCAUGUGAGAAUUGUUAGUGGUCAUCAUUAUCUGAUGAUUUAAAUGUUGUGCAUUAUUACACUGAAGAUUUAAACUGUUCUCUUGGUUGCUGUUCUUGGUGGGCUUCUAUCAGCACUGUCAGUUACAAGUUAACUACUGUAGAAAUUUUGUCCCACCAUGCUCACGGUUUCUUGUUCUGUACAUAUUAACUCUGUGUGUAUUAAUAAAAGUACUAAGAUGAAGCUUUAAAAGCCCUGAGGCACUUGGAGCUAUCCAAGCAGUAGUAGAGAGGCUUAGAUUGAUAGGAGAGCACAAUAACUUUUCCAAGACACACAAAAUACUAUGUUCUUUUUCUGUUAUUUGCUCUAGUAAUCAUUUAAAACAUUUAUCUGAUGAAGUAUAAAGUGGUGCAAAGGCAAA